CACCGCGGCCUCGCUGAACAGGCUGCGCGCCUGAGGGCCGCAUCUAGAGCGUCCGCACCAGUGUCGCUGGCGGCGCUGAGACGGGCGGCCGGGAGAGGGUGGGGACGGCGGCCGCGAAGGGCUUCCCGGUGGCCCUGUGGGAGUGGUGUCUGCCGCUGGAAGGAGAGAGGAAGAGGAGCAGAAGGGGGCAGUAGCGGCCACCGCUAACGGCCUCAGUCGGCGCUGACAGGCGGGGCCAGCUCGCUCGGGAGUCCCCGCCGCCGCCGCCGCGUCGCUCCUCCGACGCCGGGCCGGCUUCGCAGAGCGCGCGGGGCGGAGGGCAGCGAGGGCCGCGCCGCGCGGGGAGAGGCCCUGCCUGCCGCCGCCCGGGAUGUGACGCGGGAGGCCCCCUGGGGCCAGUCUGGCGGACGGUCGGACCAGCGCCUGCUGUGGGGGCUUUGCGGACCUCGGCCGCCGGAAGGCGGGGUGGGAGCAGCCCCUGCGGGCCUGGGGGCACACCCGUGCAGCCGGUUUCAGAAGCAGGCAGUGGGUACAAGAUGUGAACUGUUCAUCUUCUGCAGAAAAGGAGGCCUUUCGUCCCCUUCCCGCGACGGCCAAUGUUCUGAAAAAGAUUCUGCAUGGGAAUGGCUUGCCUUACAGUGACAGACAUGGAAGGAGCAUCUGCAUCUCCUGUACAUCAGAAUGGUGACAUUCCUGGCACUGCAAAUACUGUGAAGCAGACAGAGCCAGUCCUUCAGGUGUAUCUUUACCAUUCCCUUGGGAAAGCUGAAGAAGAUUACCUGAGGUUUCCAACUGGGGAGUAUGUUGCUGAAGAAAUUUGUGUUGCUGCUUCUAAAGCUUGUGGUAUCACACCUGUGUAUCAUAAUAUGUUUGCUUUAAUGAGUGAAACAGAAAGGAUGUGGUAUCCACCCAACCAUGUCUUCCAUAUAGAUGAGUCAACCAGGCAUAAUGUACUCUACAGAAUAAGGUUUUACUUUCCUCACUGGUAUUGUAACAGCGGCAAUAGGACCUAUCGGCAUGGAAUAUCUCGAGGUGCUGAAGCUCCUCUCCUGGAUGACUUUGUCAUGUCUUACCUGUUUGCUCAGUGGCGGCAUGAUUUUGUGCAUGGAUGGAUAAAAGUACCUGUGACUCAUGAAACACAGGAAGAAUGUCUUGGGUUGGCAGUAUUAGAUAUGAUGAGAAUCGCCAAAGAAAAGGAUCAAACCCCACUGGCCAUCUAUAACUCUGUCAGCUACAAGACAUUCUUACCAAAAUGUGUUCGAGCAAAGAUCCAAGACUAUCAUAUUUUGACAAGGAAACGAAUAAGGUAUAGGUUUCGCAGAUUUAUUCAGCAGUUCAGCCAAUGCAAAGCUACUGCCAGAAACUUGAAACUUAAGUAUCUUAUAAAUCUGGAAGCUCUUCAGUCAGCCUUCUACACAGAGCAAUUUGAAGUAAAAGAACCUGGAAGAGGUCCUUCAGGUGAGGAGAUUUUUGCAACCAUUAUAAUAACUGGAAACGGUGGAAUUCAGUGGUCAAGAGGGAAACAUAAAGAAAGUGAGACACUGACAGAACAGGAUUUACAGAUAUAUUGUGAUUUUCCUGAUAUUAUUGAUGUCAGCAUUAAGCAAGCAAACCAAGAAGGCUCUAAUGAAAGCAGAGUUGUAACUAUUCAUAAGCAAGAUGGUAAAAAUCUGGAAAUUGAACUUAGCUCAUUAAGAGAAGCUUUAUCUUUCGUGUCAGUGAUUGACGGAUACUAUAGAUUAACUGCAGAUGCACAUCAUUACCUCUGCAAAGAAGUGGCACCUCCAAGAGUGCUUGAAAAUAUACAAAGCAACUGUCAUGGACCAAUUUCAAUGGAUUUUGCCAUCAGUAAACUGAAGAAAGCUGGUAAUCAGACUGGACUGUACGUACUUCGAUGCAGUCCUAAGGACUUUAAUAAGUAUUUUCUCACAUUUGCUGUUGAGCGAGACAAUGUCAUUGAAUAUAAGCACUGUUUGAUUACAAAAAAUGAGAAUGGAGAAUACAACCUCAGUGGCACUAAGAAGAACUUUAAUAAUCUUAAAGAUCUUUUGAACUGCUACCAGAUGGAAACUGUUCGUUCAGACAGUAUAAUUUUCCAGUUUACUAAAUGCUGCCCCCCAAAGCCAAAAGAUAAAUCAAACCUUUUAGUCUUCAGAACUAAUGGUGUUUCUGAUGUACCAACCUCACCAACAUUACAGAGGCAUAAUAAUGUAAACCAGAUGGUGUUUCACAAAAUCAGAAAUGAAGAUUUGAUCUUUAAUGAAAGUCUUGGCCAAGGCACUUUUACAAAAAUUUUCAAAGGCGUAAGAAGAGAAGUAGGAGACUAUGGUCAGCUGCAUGAAACAGAGGUUCUUCUCAAAGUUCUAGAUAAAGCACAUAGAAACUACUCAGAGGUUUGUAUGUUCUUCGUGCACUUCAUUUACCCCCAAAUCAAUACUCGUGGCACUUUUGCAGUCAUUCACAGACUUGUACAUGUGCAUAGCAGCAAAAACGUCAUCCCCCAAUGUGCGUGGCCCAAGCUGAGGCCCAGCAAGGAAGAGAAAACCCUUAUUCAUGGGAAUGUGUGUGCCAAAAAUAUUUUGCUUAUCAGAGAAGAAGACAGGAAGACGGGAAAUCCUCCUUUCAUCAAACUUAGUGAUCCUGGCAUUAGUAUUACAGUUUUGCCAAAGGACAUUCUUCAGGAGAGAAUACCAUGGGCACCACCUGAAUGCAUUGAAAAUCCUAGAAAUCUAAGCUUGGCAACAGAUAAAUGGAGUUUUGGUACUACUUUGUGGGAAAUCUGCAGUGGAGGAGAUAAGCCUCUCAGUGCUCUGGAUUCCCAAAGGAAGCUACAGUUCUAUGAAGACAGGCACCAACUUCCUGCACCAAAGUGGACAGAGUUAGCAAAUCUUAUAAAUAAUUGUAUGGAUUACGGACCAGAUUUUAGGCCUUCUUUCAGAGCCAUCAUACGAGAUCUUAACAGCUUGUUUACUCCAGAUUAUGAACUGUUAACAGAAAAUGACAUGUUACCAAAUAUGAGGAUAGGUGCCCUAGGAUUUUCUGGUGCUUUUGAAGACAGGGACCCUACACAGUUUGAAGAAAGACAUUUGAAAUUUUUACAGCAACUUGGCAAGGGUAAUUUUGGGAGCGUGGAGAUGUGCCGGUAUGACCCUCUGCAGGACAACACUGGGGAGGUGGUGGCCGUGAAGAAGCUCCAGCACAGCACUGAGGAGCACCUCCGAGACUUUGAAAGGGAAAUUGAGAUCCUUAAAUCCCUGCAGCAUGACAACAUUGUAAAGUACAAGGGGGUGUGCUACAGUGCUGGUCGGCGUAAUCUGAGAUUAAUUAUGGAAUAUUUACCAUAUGGAAGUUUACGAGACUAUCUCCAAAAACAUAAAGAACGGAUAGAUCAUAAAAAACUUCUACAGUACACAUCUCAGAUAUGCAAGGGCAUGGAAUAUCUUGGUACAAAAAGGUAUAUCCACAGGGAUCUAGCAACAAGAAAUAUAUUGGUGGAGAAUGAGAACAGAGUUAAAAUUGGGGAUUUUGGGUUGACUAAAGUUUUGCCACAAGACAAAGAAUACUACAAAGUGAAAGAACCGGGUGAAAGUCCCAUAUUCUGGUAUGCUCCAGAAUCACUGACAGAGAGCAAGUUUUCUGUGGCCUCAGAUGUUUGGAGCUUUGGAGUGGUUCUAUAUGAGCUUUUCACAUACAUUGAGAAGAGUAAAAGUCCACCAGCGGAAUUUAUGCGUAUGAUUGGCAAUGACAAACAAGGACAGAUGAUUGUGUUCCAUUUGAUAGAGCUCUUGAAGAAUAAUGGAAGAUUACCAAGACCAGAGGGAUGCCCAGAUGAGAUUUAUAUGAUCAUGACAGAAUGCUGGAACAAUAAUGUAAAUCAGCGCCCUUCCUUCAGGGACCUGGCUCUUCGAGUGGAUCGAAUAAGGGACAACAUGGCUUGAUGAAAGAAAUGAACUUUACUCUGAGACCAAAGUAGACUCACAGAAGAAAGUUUUGCAUCUCACAUUGCUGUGGACUAUUACUGCAUAAGUCAUAUUGCUAGCCAGCAAAGAUGUGAAACUAUCUCAUCAAAACUUUCAAAGUUUAAUGUGUUUUCUCCAUGAGGACACCAGUAAAAGACAUUGACGAAAAGACCUUAGCAGGGAAUUUUGUAAAAUAUUUCAUGAACCUAAUAAGUUAAUUAACAUCACCUUUCUUUGGCAAAGAAAAAAGAAAUACUUCCCAACUCAGAUUUUUGAGAGAUGAAAAAAUUGUAAUGUAAACUUUGCCAUGUGAGAGAUGCACAGGAUAAGUAUGGACAGUUUUUAUCACAGUGAAUAUAUAAUACCCUGGCAUCUUGUGUAAUGUUGUACACAAGAGCUAGUGUUCAUUAAUAAUAUUUUCUAAUUUUUUAUAGUUUAUCUACAACAGCUUCACUGUACAAACAAGAUGCUCAGAUAAUUAAAUAAGCACUUUCGUGUCCUUUAUCUACAUCACUGGCCAGCAAUAUAAGCAGGUGUAUGCUUUCAGCUUGUUGUUCCAUGUACUGUAAAUAUUUUUCAAAGCAAAGGGAACAAAUGUCUAGUUUUAUUUGUAUAGGAAAUUUCCAUGACCCUAAAGAAUACAUUUUGAAAUAGAACAAGCUUACAAAGAUAUAACACAAUCUGUUUUCUUAGUUGUUUCCCUUGUAUUUGUUUGUGGUGAGUGUUUUUCAAGUAGAACUAUCUCCUAAUUUUUCUAAGACUACAUGAAUAGUUUUCUUUAAAAAAUUUGAGAUUGAGAAUGCCAAGAACAUUGCCAUCCUUUGAUCUCUUGGCCACCAAUAAGAUUCUUCAAUCCCUGGGACGUAUGGUCAUCCAUUAAAUUUAAGCAUAAGUCAUAAAAUAGAUUGCUUUUUUAAGUGUAUAAUCUCAUUAAGAUACAUAGUUGAAGAGGAAUUUCAAUUCUUAUUCAGCAUUUUUUUCUACAGGCUCUAUAUUUGAGGGGUUUCAAAAAUCUCUGUUGCAGCCUUGGAAGAUAUUUCCUUUACUAAGAGAUUCUUUGAGAGAGUAAAUUGGUAAAAAGUACAGUUGCUACUUUUAUUCUUUUACAAGAGUGCCAGUAAAAAUUCAUAAGGUAUACCUUUAAGGAAGUGGACAACAUUCAUAUUUUCAGUUAAGUAUAACAGGUUGUUUUUUUGUUGUGUGUUUUAGUGCUAUUCCAUUUUAGACACCAUACCUAAAAUAUUUUGUGUUAUUUAUACAAAGUUUAAAAUACUUGAUUUGGUUAAAAAGAAAAUAGUUUCAUACUUUAUUUUUGGUGGUAUAUGCCUUUUUUUUAAGUUUGUACUUAAGACUUCUAAUUAUUUGCUGACUAUUUUUUGGAGUUUGUUUUAAAAUGCAAGUUAUAUAAGAAAAAAUGCCUUGCUCAAAAGAUUUGAGAUUUUUGGUUGAUGGGAAGAAAAGAGAAGAAAUGCUUUUAAAUUCAUUAUCUUUAAAGCAUUUUAGCAGCUAUUGAAUGCAGAAAUCAUUCAAAACAGUGUAUUAGAUAAAAAAUGCAUUUCUAGUAGAUAUCUUUUUUUUUUAAAUUGUGCUUUAGAUGAAAGUUUCCGGCUCAAGUUAAUUUCUCAUUCAGAAAUUUAUAUACAUAUUGUUUUGUGACAUUAGUUGCAAUCCCCACAGUGUGACAGCACACUCCCCCUUUCCACCCCAGGUUCCCUGUGUCCAUUUGUCUAAAGGAUAUCUUGAUGAAGAUUUAAUAUAAUUUUUAUUUAAUAUGUAAAGAUUUCUCAAGGAUGUGUAUAUGUAGUGCAAUUAGGAGAUCUUCCGUUUUGCUACUUUUCUGUUUCUGCUGUUUGUGUUUACUCAAGUGAAAAGUAGCAUAUAGUAUGCUUGAGUUCAGAUUUUUUCUACUAAAAUUUACAUAUUUAAAAGUAGAUUCUUAAAGGUCUAUAAUAUUUAAUUUGUUUAUAAAAGUGAGGAUGUUAAUUAGAUUUCUUAAUUUUUUUUUAAUGUUUCAUUUUUUAGUUUUAGAUAAAGAAUCCCACAUAAACAUUCUUCAUUUUCUUGGAGUGGGAUGACUACCUCAUGUAAAAUUCCAAGUUUUCAAGAGAAGAAUUCUUUUUUAUUGAGGAUUUGUGGUAUUUUAACUUUUUUUCUGACCAUGCAUGGAGAGAAAUUAACCUUGCAGCUGAUUAGCUGGUUCUGCCCAAGAAAAAAGUAUUAUUGUACCAGUUAAUGCCCAAAUGUUUCUUCAAGUUAAUAUUCUUCAGAAAUGAGUGUAAACGUUUUCUUAGAAUUUUAUGAUUCUGUAAAUAUUCCAGUAUAUUAUGUUAUACAAUCUUUAUGUAAACAAUUCCCUGCUUCCAUGGAUACUUGCUUUGGGAAGUAGUCACUUUUUCACAUUAUUUAUCUAUGCUAUAAAUUGCUGUAGGAGAGAGCUUUCUUAUAAAAUAAUUCAAGACUUCUGCUUUAAAGUAAGUGAAUUUUUUAAUCACAACUAUAACUUCAGAUAUUUAAAAUUUAUUAUGCAGUAAACGUUAGAAAAUAACUAUAAUUCUAUACCAGAGGAAUUGUUCUCCAUAGGGUGGCAUCAUAUGCCCAGUUUACUGAGACUCUGUUAAUUUCUUCAUGGCACCUUUAGCAUCUUCCCACAAAACUGAAAUAUUGGUGUAAUAAAUAUUCCAAAGUUAGUUUCCUUUGCAUUGUUACCUAACCAAGGAAGUGGGGGCACAUGCACUGAUUUAGGGAUGUGCACAUAAAGCCCUUUAUAAUAGUGGACCCAUCUUUUGAUUUUAAAGAAGUGCUUCUAAGGUCACUAUCAACUGUUGUGCCCUAUUUUGAACGUUGCUGAAUCAACUCUAGUUCUAAUGUUUAAAUUAUUUAUAAUGAAAGAUUUUCUAAUUUUUCAGUAUAACUUACUAAGGGUCUUUUAUGUUAGAGUAAAUAAUAACUAAGUAUAAGUCAGCAAAGUCCGCAGCAUUAUCCAAACAAAAACUAGGUUAUAUAAAUUUGAUUUUAACAAAAAAGUCAAGUAUGAAUAUCAGAAAAUACCUUGUGUUUAUUCCCAGAUUUGGGUUGGUUGGACUUAAUUUCAAGAUAACUAGCUGCCAAGUGUUUCAUAAUGCUGACAGUGACAAAGAUGUUUCAAAAUGUCAGUGAAGACAAGAGAAUUUAAAAACUAACAUUCACAUUAAUCAAAUUCAUAUAAUAUGCAUAUUAAAUAGCCUUUAACUUUUCCCAUUGAUCAAGUUCUUAGCAAAAUACACAUAAUAUUCUCAAAUAUUAAAACAUUUUAAUUGUAUAGUCUCAUCAGUUUCUUAGCUGCCCAAUAUCCAUAUACACCCUUCUUCAGAUACAUAAAAUUUCCAAAAUGUCUUAACUAGCAAAAUAAAAUUUUAUCAGAAAAAUUUGAUUCUUUCAACAGUUCUGUCAAUAAAAUAUUUGUGAAGUGCAGUUUUAGCUAUUUUCAGUUGUGUUAUUUCUAACCACGGUAGUUACUGAGUUACAUAUAAGGCUAAUUGUUUAUAUUUCUUACUAACCAAUCUCUGAGAAAACUAUGGUCAAGCCUAAAUAAAACAGGUACAGUCUUUGUUCUCCAGGGAGUUCAAAAUCUAUUAGUGGAUACAGUUGAACAAGUAAUGUUAACACAGUGUGAGAGGGCUAUCAUUAGGGAAGUGUGGGAUGCAAUGCAAGUCACUGUCCUAGAAGGCAUAUACUUACUAAAAUAUGAAGUGCUUCACUAUUAGAGCUACUGAGAAGUUUUUAAAAAUAAUUGGUCUGAAGUUGAGAACUUUCAAGGCCAGACAUCUCUUUACUAUAAGUGGAUUGGGAGCUGCUCAUUUGCAGUCUAGAUUACUCAUCUCUAGAGGAGAUGUCUUCAGCAAUCACUCAGCACCUUCAGCUUAUCUCAGGAUUCUAAUAUUCAAACUCUGUUGUUACGUGCCAUCGAGUCGGUUGUGACUCAUAAUGAC